CAACACUAUCUUCUUUCUUGCAAACUGAAAGCUCACAAAAAUACCAAACUGGAAGCUCCUCCUCCACCUCCAACCAUUCAUGUUGAUUGUUGAAUGUGCCAUCAGUUAUAUUUUCAUUGGGCCAAGAAUCUGUAGUAAGAGUAAUUUCAGAUGGAAAAUCAAGAGUUCCAUUGGUGGUGGAGCUGUCGAGAAGAGCAAGCGUGACAGCCUGUAUAUUGACAAACGUGGAAAAUUCAGAAGCUUCAACAACAAGAAAAUGUCUAGGAAACGAUGUGGUUCUCUAAGGGGGCGAGGAUGGAAAUAUGGAUCCGGGUUUGUUGAUGGAGUUUUCCCAGUGAUGAGCCCCACUGGUCAGAAGAUUCUGGACCUUGUACAGAAGGAAGUUGAUAAAAGCAGUAUUUGGGAAAUUCUUGAUACACUUCCAGCCUCUCAUACCAUAUGGGAUGAUAUCAUCAAUGUCGCUGUUCAACUUCGUCUCAAUAAACAGUGGGGCUCCAUUAUCUUGAUAUGUGAGUGGAUAUUGUACAAGAGCUCCUUCAAGCCAGAUGUCAUCUGCUACAAUUUGCUGCUAGAUGCUUAUGGGCAGAAAUCGCAACAUAAAGCGGCAGAAUCAACAUAUUUAGAACUUCUUGAAGCUCGAUGCAUCCCCACUGAAGACACUUAUGCCCUUCUUCUGAGGGCCUACUGCAAGUCUGGAUUGCUAGAUAAGGCUGAAGCCGUCUUUGGUGAAAUGAGAAAGUAUGGUCUUCCUCCAAGUGCAAUCGUGUUCGAUGCUUAUAUUAAUGGGUUAAUAAAAGGAGGAAACCCUCAAAAAGCACUAGAGAUCUUUCAGAGGAUGAAAAGAGAUCAAUGCCAACCAUCUACUGACACAUAUACGACGUUAAUCAAUUUAUAUGGAAAGGAAAGAAAAUCCCACAUGGCCUUAAAGCUGUUUCACGAAAUGAGAAGUCAGAAAUGUAAACCCAACAUAUGCACGUAUACUGCUUUGGUAAAUGCAUUUGCUAGGGAAGGACUUUGUGAGAAAGCAGAAGAAAUAUUUGAGCAGAUGCAAGAAGCAGGACACGAGCCUGACGUUUAUGCUUAUAAUGCACUUAUGGAAGCUUACAGUCGUGCAGGGUUUCCUUAUGGGGCUGCAGAAAUUUUCUCUCUCAUGCAGCACAUGGGAUGUGAACCCGAUAGAGCUUCAUAUAAUAUCAUGGUAGAUGCAUAUGGGAGAGCUGGUCUUCAUGAAGAUGCAGAAGUUGCAUUUGAAGAGAUGAAGCGAUUAGGAAUAACCCCAACAGUGAAAUCCCAUAUGCUGCUUUUAUCUGCCUACUCCAAAGCUGGCAAUGUAACAAAAUGUGAGGACAUUGUGAACCAGAUGCAAAAGUCUGGGCUGGAGCUAGACACCUUUGUCAUUAACAGUAUGUUAAACCUCUAUGGCCGGUUAGGUCAGUUAAAAAAGAUGGAGGAAGUUUUGACUGCAAUGGAAAAAGGACCAUAUGCAGCUGAUAUCAGUACAUACAACAUCUUGAUUAACAUUUAUGGACGGGCAGGGUUUUUCGAGAAGAUGGAAGAGCUCUUUCAAUCACUUCCAACCAAAAACUUAAAACCUGAUGUUGUGACUUGGACUUCUCGUCUUGGAGCAUACUCUAGAAAGAAACUAUACAAAAGAUGCUUGGAAAUUUUUGAAGAAAUGAUUGAUGCUGGUUGCUACCCAGAUGGGGGAACUGCCAAAGUACUUCUUGGAGCAUGUUCAAGUGAAGAUCAAACCGAGCAGGUUAGUACUGUUAUUAGAACAAUGCACAAGGAUAUCGGGACUGUUUUACCUAUCUGAUGGAUGGAUUUUAUUAAUUUUGAUCAUAAAGAUAGAUAUUCUAUAUAUAUGCAGCAAACGAGUUUCCCCACUUGAAUUUAUUCAGGACAAAUAUUUUGGAUUACGUUAUGGUCAUCCGUGUAUAGUUAUAUUAAAUUGCAAGAAGUUUGUCAUCUUUUUCA